GUUUUUGCUUUUGAAAUUAAAUCCGAUCAUAUUGGAUUGGAUUGGUGUUUUCCUUGUGUUUCAGGAACGACUGGAUCAACGUGGGCCUCUGCUAUCCACAAGGUACCAACUUCACAAUCCUGUCAGACAUCCACAAUCGGCUGACCAAACAAACCCGCAAGACUGGCGUCUUCAUGAGGACGACUCAGAAGGACAAGAUCAACCACUCGCACUUGGCCAGAGGAUAUUACUACUGGGAAGAAGACACUGGCCUCCUCUUCCUGAAGGUGAAAGCCCACAAUCACAGAGAGACGUUUGCCUUCUGCUCUGUGAAGGGUUGUGAGAGGGUGAAGAUCACAGCAAUCAUACCAAAAGGCAGUCCACCCAGCAACUGCUUGGCUAAGGCGUACCCCAAACAUGCUGAGCUGCCCGUUGUCGAUGUUCCAAUGCCCAGGAAAAUUCCCACUGCCAGGCUGGUGAGCAAUGAAAUUAAAAUGAUUCCAACUCCCCACUAUUUUCCUGUGGAAUUGGCAUUAUUCAUGUCAUUAGAAGUAUAG